GUUUCACUCAUUCUCCACGUAUCUUUACCAGCCGCCGAGGCUGUACUAGGUCUACGGACUCUUUCGUCCGUGUUUCUUUCUGGCAACAAGGACCUCCAAGACGACUGAAUCGCUGGCAGGAGCGUAGCGGUCGCCUAGUCGUGUUUAUUCGCCAAAAGGUCUGGGAACAAUGCUCCCAACUUUCCACUCACGCGCGCUUCUGGUGCUGGGACAUGUGUUACUGUAUUCGUCUUUUUCUCGCGCUGCUCCGACUGACAUUCCAUCCGCAGCAUCCUUCUACGUGCCGUCCUUGCCCGACAUACAUCAAGACCCAGAUCAUCCGCUGAAGAUAUAUGCAGGUCAUCUUUCGUCUGACCCAGAUGCUAUUAAGGCGCCGGUGACAGACGUGACGGCACACCUGUACUUUGUACUUGUCAAAAACCGAAGGACGGCUGACCGGGAUAGGGUUAUUUUUUGGUUUAAUGGUGGGCCCGGCUGCUCGUCUUUCGAUGGGCUCAUGAUGGAGAACGGGCCUUGGAGGAUGGACGGCAAGGGUGGAUUCAAGACAGUGGAAGGCGGGUGGGAGGAAUACACCACCAUGGUUUAUGUCGACCAGCCCGCUGGGACGGGUUUCUCUUACACGAGCACUGAUUCAUAUGUCCACACAUUCGACCAGGCCUCAGAGCAAUUACUAGAAUUCAUGCGCAACUUCUAUAAAGUAUUCCCGGAGUACCUGCGGUCAGAUACAUAUCUAGCUGGGGAGAGCUACGCAGGACAAUAUAUACCGUUUUUUGCCGAUGCUAUAUUAAAUUCCAAUCUCGGCAUACCGCUAAAAGGUGCUGCGAUAGGCAACGGCUGGAUAGAUGUACGCUCGCAGUAUCCUUCUUACAUUGACUUUAUGGUCAAAGUUGGCAUACUGGAAGAAAAUUCAGAUGCCUGGAAGGAAGCCAAACAGCAUACGGAUGACUGUGUUCAGGCCAUGAAAGAUAUAGUGGGCACGGAGCCGAUCGUUGUAGAAGAAUGUGAAGGCUUGUUACUCGAAGUGUCGCAGGUGCGGAGACGCGUUGCGGCUGGUAAAGAGAUGUGCAUGAACAUCUACGAUGUACGACUAGACGACACCUACCCUGCUUGCGGAAUGAACUGGCCUCCAGAUAUCAAGCCGGUCACAAAUUAUCUAGACCGCUCCGAUGUUGUACGCGCUCUCCAUGCGGAGGACCAUUCUACUUCGUGGACCGAAUGCCGGGGUCGUGUUCACACAGAACUGAAAGAAAAGAACUUGAAUUCAUCGAUCACUGUGCUCCCGAGUGUGAUAGAGAGAAUACCCGUUCUCAUAUUUGCGGGGGACCAAGACAUGAUUUGCAACCACGUUGGCCUCGAGUCGAUGAUUGCAAGUAUGACCUGGAGUGGAGCAACUGGCCUUGGAACAGUACAGACACAAUCCUGGACAGUGGAUGGGAGCCCUGCGGGCACAUGGGUCAGCUCAAGGAAUCUGACCUACGCGAAGAUAUUCGAUACCUCACAUAUGGCACCAUUCGAUGCACCACAUGUAGCGCAUGAUAUGAUCCUACGAUUCAUGGGUGUCGAUUUCUCCCAAAUCCUCGAAGGCUCUGCGCGUAUUCCAAGUAGCAUCGGGGACAACGCUAAGCCGCUGUUCACGGACAAGGUUGAGGAGACUACAGCACCCGUAUCAACAAAAACGCCAGAGCAGGACAAGGCUAUGUGGGAAGCGUACUACAACGCCGGUUCCGCAGCCCUUGUCCUCGUGCUCAUAUUUGUCGCCGUCGUCGGUUUCUUGUGGUGCAGAAUGCGGAAUAAGCCCAAGUUGCGUUUACCGAUGAAUAACCGGAGUGAGGAAGAGAGUAUACCCCUUAAUGCUUCCAUGGCCGACGAGAAUGGCGAUGAGGGGGCGUAUAGACAGAGGAAAGGGAAGGAACGUGCUGUUGAGCCUCCGGAGCCGCCGAUAUUUGAGCUGGGGGAUAGUGAUGAGGAGGAUGAUGAAUAUCAUAAAGGGAACCUGUAAUGAGUCGGGAUUUUCUGUAUAAUGGAUUAAUUAUAAUUUGGUGUUUUCACUUGCGGAUU